AUGCCCAAAUCUUUGGACGCUCCGCACCGCCUCUCCAACCUCUCCGAUGUCCCAAUGUCUCAUCUCCUCUCGGGUCUCGACCCUGCCAUCGCUCCGGACAUCGUGAGAAAGCCGACGAAUGGUCCAUCCACCCCUCCAGCGUCCCCAUCGAAACCGAGCAGCGAGGAUGGAAACCAACUCUCUAGCAACCCCAUCUCGGGCGACGAGGAGGAAGACUACGACAACCUAGAGAUCGACCCCAAUACCGUCGUCGAGGACGGUGCAGGUGCGGGCAUUCAUCGUGCUGAUGCGCCGGCGAACCUUGUCAUCGAUCCGACAGUGGUCUUGGAGCCGACCAGCCGCAAAGGGGAGUAUGUGCUUACGGCCGACGACCCUGCGAUCCGAGAGAUCCUCGAAAAUCGAAUCCAGAUCGAGCACGGCGCAAAAGUUUCCGAGAAGGAACGGACACGGCUUCGAGAUCUGGUCUUCACGCGACAAUUCACCAGGUUUGACCGGCAAAAUCCCGCGAGCGGCUCGCCCUUUCAUGGAUUCUUCACGCUAUUCUGGCUGGGCAUUGGGCUGUUGUUGAUUCGCGUGGCGAUGCAGAAUUGGAAGCAGUAUGGCAGCGUGCUAGGGCCGGCGGAGAUCCUCCACAUGAUGUUCAAGCGUGAUUUGAUUGUGUUGGGACUUACUGAUGGCGUCAUGACUGCGGGCACGGCGAUGGGGUUGGUCCUGCAGAAGCUGAUCCGCCGAGGAUACUUGACAUGGAAUGGUUCCGGAUGGAUCAUCCAAAACAUGUGGCAGAUGUUCUAUCUUUUCGCCGUCAUCGGGUGGACCUGGUAUCGCGAAUGGCCGUGGACACAUACCAUCUUCAUUGUUCUCCAUGGCCUCGUGUUCGUCAUGAAGCAACACAGCUAUGCCUUCUAUAACGGACAUUUAUCACAAGUCCACCGUCGCCGUGCCAUUGUCGCACAAAAACUGGCUCGUCUUGACGAUAUACCUCCUUCCUCAUCACCUACCGGGGAACCUCGUUCACGAGCAUUAUCCAGUCCGGCAUCCGCCGAUCCGUUCACCUCGGCGCUCGAUCACCCUCCGCAUUCUCCCUCCCAACGACGCGCUUCGGUCAACCCCAAAGCCUCGACCGACCUCCGUAGCGAGAACACCGAAGUCUCCAACAUCGCCUUGGCCAUCGAGUCGGGGCGGCCCCUCGACGCCAAACAACUCCGCACCUUCCGCAUGAUCCUCCAAUCCGAACUCUCCGACCUUGAUACGGAGUUACGUGGGAAAUGCACGCACUCAUACAACCACUACCCAUCCAACCUCACACUCGCCAAUUGGGCCGACUGGAUCUGCCUUCCCACGCUCGUCUAUGAGCUGGAGUACCCGCGACAGGAGUCGAUCAAUUGGUGGUACGUCCUGGAGAAAACCCUGGCCACGUUCGGCGUCAUUUGGGUCAUGAUCAUCAUCUCGCAACAUUUCAUCUACCCCCCGGUGAUGACGGCGGUGACGCUGCGAAACUCCGGGGUGUCUCUGAAGCAUCGCUGGCCGGAAUUGCCCUGGGUACUGUCCGACAUGCUGUUUCCACUCCUGCUCGAGCAGCUCCUGACAUGGUACGUCAUUUGGGAAUGCUGUCUGAACGUGUUGGCCGAGGUGACGCGAUUCGCCGACCGAGGGUUCUAUGGGGACUGGUGGAACAGCGUGUCGUGGGACCAGUACGCGCGGGACUGGAACCGACCGGUGCAUAACUUCCUGCUGAGGCACGUCUAUCAUUCGAGCAUCUCGGCGCUGCGGCUGAGCAAGAAGGAGGCGACCCUCGUGACCUUUUUGCUAAGCGCGCUGGUGCAUGAAUUGGUCAUGUUCUGCUUGUUCAGGAAGGUGCGCGGGUAUCUGUUCAUUUUGCAGUUGAGUCAACUGCCGUUGGCGGAGCUCAGUCGGACGAAACUGUUGAAAGGACGCGAUAUCUUGGGAAAUCUAGUGUUUUGGUUCGGUCUAUUCGUGGGACCGAGCCUAGUGACGUCGUUGUAUCUGAUUGUUUAGGUCUUGUACCAAAAAAAGAAAAGGAGAUGCAUGGUUUGAUAUUGGAUGGUUCGAUACGAUUCACUGCCUUUUAUGACUUUAUUUUUGCACGAUACCACUCAUUAUCCGCAUUCUAGGAGUUGCAUACUAGCGUAGGCGUUGGAAAUCAAUGACAAAGACCAGAGACACUCUGCUCUAUUCUUAGGGAUAUUGAUCAAACUAGUUGUGGUUCCAGGCCAGCUUAGCUAUUAUAUCGAAAACUCUCACGCUUUU